ACUGUUCGCCGUGUUUGACUCACCUCACCGACAUCAAGCGAGUGGCGUGCGCCUGACUGUGAAGAAAGUCUGACACUGAAAUGAACAUCACGGAGAAAGAUUACCUACUUCAUAUAAUGUUCUUGGCGUUGUUUGCAUGUCCUGGAACGCUCAGUUUCUCUUGUUUUGCAAAGGCGGGCGUGACAAGGACCCACCACAUUGUUGCCGCCUCUUCACACCCAGAGGGGGCUAAUGCCUUCCGGACGGUACCCUAUUCGCAUGGUGCUCACAAGGAAGGCAGCAUACCAAAGGAGCUUGUGUUCUUUCUUAUGAGCCAAACAUCGAAACGACACAUUUACGUCAUUCACGAUCACAGUUUCUCAGGAAUCCAGCGACUCAUUGAGGCAAUUUUCCUGUCUGAAGUGGAUGCCAUGUUGUUGGAGUACGAUAUUGCCUUGAGAGACAUAACCAACAUCCUGAGGAGCUCACACACCAGUCUAUCCGAUUGUCAUGUGUUCCUGUUUUGCUCCACCAAUCACACGAUUUCUUUCUUUGAAAAGGUCCGUCAGCUCUAUCUUGGUUCAUCAAGGCUGAAGUGGAUAAUAGUAACAUCAGUAGCUGAUAUCUCCACCAGUCUUCAAGAAGUGUUAGUUGAAGGAACACAGGUUGCGUUAGUCCUUCCAGUAUCAUCUGAUGGCUUCCAAGUGCUUGUCCCGUACAUUGAUCAGGGCAGCGAUAUGAGAUUCAAGAAGGUUGGGAUAUGGAGUCACGGGAGCCGAUCAAGCCUAGAGAGGGGGCAAUUGUUUCCUGAUCUUCUGGAUGUAUACGGAAAUUUCGGAGGGCGAGAAAUUGUGGUGGCGACCAUCGACAACUGGCCCUUUUUUCAGCUUCGUUAUCUGCCUGAUGGAACGCCUCUAGCAGACCAAGGAAUUGAUUAUAAUGUUAUUGAUUCCAUUAGUCACUACCUGAACUUUACGUAUCGUGUGGUGGAACCAGCAGAUGGUCGGUGGGGAGGACCUCACCCUGAUGGAACUGUGUAUGGUAUGGUUGGGAUGGUAGCACGCUCUGAGGCCCAUGUGGCAAUUGACGAAAUCACAAUCACAGGUGUGCGUGAAUCAGUGGUGGACUUCACUCAGCCGUACUUCCUGGAGUCAACCACUCUUGUGUCUCGAGCACCAAAGGAGCGUCCGCGCUCACUGGCAGUAUUUUACCCAUUUACCUAUCCUCUGUGGUUACUGCUCUUCGUGGUGACAAUCCUCAUGGGUCCUCUCGGCUUCCUGCUCACCCGAUGUCACAACUACUGCAUCCAAGGCCUCAAUGCUCGUACCAAAAAUUCGUUCACCGAGAGCGGACUUUCUGGAAAUGUCGGAAUUACCCGGACAAACAUCCAUUCCUACAAUGAACCGAAACACAAACUCACUUCUGCAUCACCUGUAAAGACUGAUCCGUUUCUGCAUAAAAAAUCAAUAUUUGUUGUCUCCUGGUUCUGUUUUAACAUGUUCAGAAGCGUGGUGAUUCAAGGCAAUCGUCUGGCGGCUCACUCCUGGCCUAUGAGAUUGUUGUUGUUCUCCUGGUUCGCUUUUUGUGUUAUUCUCUCCGCACUGUACGCGGGCACACUCACCGCGUAUAUGACGAAGCCAUCAUUCGAAAAGCCAAUUGAUUCUUUACAAGAUCUUUUGGAGGCUAAUAAAUUUGGCUUUGUUCCUGCGGCACAGGCGGGCACCAGCAACGAGUACCUGCUCAAGACAGCACAGUCGGGCAUCUUCAAGGCACUUUGGGAAAUGACAGAACCCAGCAGAAGCUUCCCUAAGUCAGGUCACGAAGCCAUGGAGAAGGUGCUGACAGAUGAUAUCGUGUACAUGAGUGCAAAUCUGAACUCGGAGAUCCGCGCUUCCCAGAAAGGCCGGCAUCGCUUCCACUUGGCACGCAACACUUUCUUCCCGCAGGGAUACGGCAUCGCAUGUUUCCCUGGCGCGCCUUUCAAGACAAAGUUCAGCAUCAUGUUGGGGAGGAUGAACCAGGGCGGGUUGGUAAAUAAAUGGGUACGUGAUGAAGUUGGGAAACUUAGGUCAACCAGUGAAAAGAGCGCAGAGGACGAAGGAAACAUAUCUUACCUUGUCAAAACAGCGGCAGCGCAUUCUCUCACCUUAGACCAUUUGCAGGGAGCGUUUUUCAUCUUGACAGCUGGUGGCAUCGUCUCUGCCUUAUCCUUUUUGAUUGAAACUCUUAAGCUGUAUGCUUAGACCGAGCAAACUUUAUCUCCUAUCUUACUACAUUGGAUUUUCAUCACAUUUUGAUGACAGAAUAAUGUAAAUUUUACCUUUCCUAUCUGGGAAAUUAAAAUAAUAAUAAAAAAAGAAAACUAUCUAAGCAGUAAGUGAUCUAGUAAAUCUAUCAGAG